UGGUUGGUGUGUGUUCCUAUCUCUUUGCACAUCUGUAACAGCUGGUUUACUCCCAGAGGUUUGCACUGAAGUAUCCAGGCUUAUUUUCUUCCCUUCAUCCUCGUCUGGCAACCAUGCAUAAUUUAACUCAAAUGAUAUCUGUGGGAAUAUGUGGUUUGUCUUUGUGGUGUUAAAAGUCCUAGUGUAUUUGUACUCCACAUUCAUGAAAGACCUCUUGCCCAAUCAAAUUACGUGGUUGGAACUAAUAGAAGGAGAUUAGUGACUUGUGCCUUGUUUGAUUUUGAGAAAACAAGCAUCAUAUGUGAGUCCUAGAUUUCAACAUUAAGGAAUUGGGGGGGAUUUUCAGCAUUUUGGCUUGACUUUAUAGGAGUCUGAAUAUAAACUGACCUGCCCACUUCAGUCACACCACUGCCUCCGACUUCCUGCCCCACUGUGAGUCACAUUUUGCUCUAAUGUUAUAAAGCAGAUGGACUACAGUGCUCGACAACUACCUCUGAUCUCAGUCUGCGAGCAAGCUCCCCUUCUGACCCUCAGGCAGCGCUGACAGGACAGGACUGAGGACUGACACAGGAGAUUAAAGUCAAGAUGGUGGAGGCCUACGACUGUACAGAGUGUAAGGAGUCCCUGUAUGGGCAGAAGUACAUACUGAAGGACGAAAGCCCAUUCUGCAUAAAGUGCUACGAGGCACUUUAUGCCAACGACUGUGAAGUGUGCCAGAAGCUCAUCGGCUGCACCAGCAAGGAUCUGUCGUACAAGGACCGCCACUGGCACAGCGAAUGCUUCCUGUGCAUCAAAUGCCAACGAUCUCUGGUGGAAAGGCCUUUUGCCACCAAGGAUGACAUGCUGUUGUGCACCGAUUGCUACUGCAAUGAGUACUCCUCCAAGUGCCAUGCGUGCCUGAAGACCAUCAUGCCAGGCUCUAAAAAGAUGGAGCAUAAGGGCAACAGUUGGCAUGAUAAUUGCUUCACCUGCAACCGUUGCCAGCAGCCCAUUGGCACCAAGAGCUUCGUCCAGAGGGAUGCCAGCAACUACUGCCUGCCCUGCUAUGAGAAGGUGUUUGCUCUGCAGUGUGUGCAGUGCAAGCAGCCAAUCACCACUGGAGGAGUGAACUACCGUGACCAGCCCUGGCAUAAGGAGUGCUUCGUCUGCAUCGGAUGCAAGCAGCAGCUGGCCGGGCAACGCUUCACCUCCCGGGACGACUUCGCCUACUGCCUCGACUGCUUCUGCAACCUGUUUGCAAAGAAAUGCGCCUACUGCACCACUCCUAUCAGCGGUCUCGGAGGCAGUAAGUACAUCUCCUUCGAGCAGCGUCAGUGGCACAACGACUGCUUCAACUGCAAAAGAUGCUGCGUGUCUCUGGUGGGCCGAGGCUUCCUCACGUGCAAAGAAGACAUCCUCUGCCCCGACUGCGGCAAAGACAUAUGAGCGGAGAGGAGAGGAGCGGAGCGGGGUCGCCAAGCCAGGAAAAGAGUUUAAGUUGGCUGCUCAUCCAAAAAAAAAAAGCAGAGGUGUAAUUCUUCUAAUCUGACUUUUUUCUCAUUUCUUGGUUUCUGAUGGAUUAACUAUCUCUUACUGCUGAGCUGUUGCUUGCAUUCAUUCCACAAUGUAGGUUUUCUGUUUUGAAGACUUUAUAAAAUACUCUAAUGACAGGCAGUGACUACUAUAUACUUUAACCCUCCUAU